UCCAGUAAUGAGAAGCUGUUUUCCUGUCCAGAGUGCGGGAAAUGCUUCACUUGGAAAGGAGACCUCCUUAGACAUCAGAGAAUCCACACGGGUGAGCGUCCUUUUUCGUGUUCAGAGUGCGGGAAAUGUUUCACGCAAAAAGCAAACCUCAUCGUGCAUGAGCGAUUUCACACCGGCGUGAGGCCGUACGCUUGCUCCGAGUGCGGGAAAUGUUUCACUCGGAAUGGAGACCUCCUUACGCACCGGAGGACUCACACAGGUGAGCGUCCUUUUUCGUGUUCGGACUGUGGGAAAAGUUUCACGCAGAAGCACCAGAGGGUCCACACCGGGGAGACUUUUUCAUGCUCGGUAUGUGGAAAAUCAUUCACGAAGAAUUAUAAACUUGUUACACACAUAAGAGUCCACACCGGAGAAAAGCCCUUUCCUUGUCCUGAGUGUGGAAAAUGUUUUCCUUCUAAAGAGAACCUCAGUAGCCAUUUGAAGUGUCACACCAGUGAGAAGCCAUUUUCCUGUUCAGAGUGUGGGAAACGUUUUACCAGGAAGGCCUGUCUGAUUUCACAUCAGGACUCUCACACUACUGAGAAGCAAUAUUCCUGUUCCACGUGCGGGAAAAGCUUCACCUUUAAAAACAGUCUUCUCAGGCAUCAGAAGGUCCACACUGGGGCGCGGCCCUUUUUGUGUUCGGAGUGUGGGAAAUCCUUCCGGCACAAGUCGCACCUCGUGCGCCAUCUGAGGAAACACACGGACGAGAGGCCCUACUGCUGCUCAGAGUGCGGGAAACGUUUCAGGCAGAUCACUCACCUGAAAUCGCAUCACAGGGUCCACACGGGCGAGACUCCUUUUUCGUGUUCAGAGUGCGGGAAGUGUUUUAAUCGGAAACACCAUCUCAUCUUUCACCAGAGGGUCCACACCGGUGAGAAGCCUUUUCCGUGUUCUGUGUGCGGCAAACAAUUUUCACAGAAAGGGAGUCUCAAUGACCACAUGAAACUCCACACGGGUGGCAAGCCAUUUUCCUGUCAAGAGUGCGGGAAAUGUUUCACUCAGAAAGCAGUUCUCAUCCUACACCAGAAAAUUCACACCGGCGAGCGCCCUUUUUCCUGUGAGGAGUGCGGGAAAUGUUUCGGCCUGAAAAGGCAACUUCUUAAACACCAACGAUCUCACACCACCAGGCACAGUUUUCCAUGUUUAGAGUGCGGGAAAUGCUAUCUGUGGAAAGGAGACCUCAUGAGACACCAGAGAAAACACACCGGCGAGCGCCCUUUCUCAUGUUCGGACUGCGGGAAAUGCUUCACUCAGAAAGGAGAUCUUCAUAGACACCAGAGGAUUCAUACAGGGGAACGCCCGUUUCCGUGCUCAGAUGCGGGGAAGUGUUUCAUGCUAAAAGCCGGUCUUAUACGCCAUGAGAGGAUUCACACUGGGGUGCGGCCGUAUUCGUGUUCAAAGUGUGGGAAAGGUUUUAGCUCCAAUUCGUCUUUUCUUAGACAUCAAAGACACCACAGUGAAAUCAGGCCCUAUCCGUGUUUGGAGUGCGGAAAAUCCUUCAAGGAAAAAUCAGUCCUGGACCAACAUCUCAGAAUCCACAGCGGGGACCGGCCUUUUCCUUGCUUGGAGUGCGGUCAGCGUUUCAUCCAGAAAGCUCACCUGCGGAGACAUCUCAGAGUUCACACCGGUGAGACUCCCUUCUCCUGCAAGCAGUGCGGGAAAGGUUUUACACGGAAGGAUAUGCUCACCCUGCACGAGCAGAGACAUGUGAAUGAGCGCCCGUUU